UCUCAAGAUGGCGGCAAGCUUGUUGAAGUUCGUACGUUUGGCACGUCAGAGUUCCGUAAUAGCCUCUCCUUGGCGCGAACGAACACGUUUAACCAGGACUAUUACGCCGGCAUGUAUGAUUUCAACGUCCAAGAAAAACAAAGAUAGUGUCUCUACCGUGGAACCAAUCCAGUCUCCAAAAACUGACACCGAACGACCUGAAGAUAUGUUCCCGGCAGACCCAUACCACGAAAAGAACUGGAUAUCAUAUGGUUAUGACUUGGUGGAUAAGGAAGAUGAUCGAUUUUUCCACAGAGUGACAAUGUUUCUUUUCAUCUCGCUUGGACUCUGCUUGACAACAUUUGUUAUUGCAUAUAUGCCUGACAAUAAGCUGGAUCAGUGGUCACAUCGAGAAGCUUAUUUGGAAUUGGCACGUCGGGAAAAGGACGGGCUGCCAUUAAUAGACUGUGAAUUAAUAGAUCCUUCCACUAUUGAGCUGCCAUCAGAUGAAGAACUAGGAGAUACUGAAAUAAUCAUAUAAAAUUUGUGGAUUUGGAAUAGUACCCUCUUUUUGUACAUAGUUGAAGUGUGCCUGACUUUUCAGUAGUUGGAAGCACUUGCCAUGAAACUUCACAAGGAUGCCAUUUGUAACUUCUUGUUCAUAUUACAACACCCUGAAAUUGCGUCAUCUACAAGGAGGCUGCAAAAGGAAUUCUUCAGUGUUUCUUGGAUGUGUUAUCUGUAACUGAUUCACUGCCAUAGCAGUUAAUAUAGUGCUAUUUGGAAAUACAACAAGGAGUUGUUCCCUUUCUGGGUGCGAACCCCAUGACCAUGAAACAUGUGAGUGUACAGGCUGUCAGUUACAUUGGAAAAUAUCUGACAUUGAUGCAAACCAUUUACAGUUCGAACUGCCUUUGUUCUAUCCAGUGUAAUAGCCUUCAGUUUCUGUGCUGUUAUGGGAAGCACUAUUGUUGAUAUAUGGUUAGCAACCAAUUUUGCUAUAGCAGCUUGUGGGUGUUGUUUGAAAAAAAUGUCAGAAUGGAUCUGUCUGUAUUGUUUGACCAUAUAUCAAGUCAUGCUGGAGCUAAAAUGUGUAUUUGUUAAUAGUAAUAAUAAAACAGUUUAAUGCUGAUAUUGUUUGAUAUUACGA